CCCUUCCACCGGAUCUGCCAGCGGGAGAGCAGGCGAGCCGAGGGCCCGGCCCGGCGCGGGCAACACCACUUUGCACAACUUUGAAGCUGUGCAGUUUCGCCCACGGAGGAUCUUGAACCAUCUGCCGGCGGUGGAGCGGAGAUCGGGAUUAGACCCCGAUCCUUAACGUGUUUCCUCAGAAGGCAGGUCGGGAAUUCGUCCUUCCAGAUCUGUUUCUAGGAUCGCAGUGCCAAUGCGCUUAAGGGUCGGGCUGCUGAUUUUACUAAACCCUGGCAGUUCCACGCGCACCAGAGACCGGCACUUGCCUUCGCUGCCAGGCUUCUCUGCUAUCAUGGGUAGCAAGACUUUGCCAGCCCCGGUGCCCAUCCACCCUUCCCUCCAGCUCACCAACUAUUCCUUCUUGCAAGCUUUCAAUGGCCUGCCCGCCGUGCCUUCGGAACACCUGCCCAACCUCUAUGGCUUCAGCGCCCUCCAUGCCGUUCAUCUUCACCAGUGGACCCUGGGCUACCCGGCCAUGCAUCUGCCUCGUUCAUCCUUUGCCAAAGUGCCCGGCGUGGCCAGCCUGGUGGACGCCAGAUUCCAGCUGCCCGCCUUCCCUCUCUUCCCGCAUGUCAUCCACCCCAAACACGAAGCUGCCAACAUGCCACUCAAAGCCAAGCCCCGAUUUGACUUUGCCAACCUCGCUGUGGCAGCCACUCAGGAGGACCACUCGAAACUGGGACAGAUCGAUAGCCAUGGCUCCCCUCCGGGCCUGGGCUCCUUGCUCGAGGUGACCAAGCUUUCGCCGGAGAAGAAACCCACGCGGGGGAGGUUACCUUCCAAAACCAAGAAGGAAUUUGUGUGCAAAUUCUGCGGCAGGCACUUCACCAAGUCGUACAACCUUUUGAUCCACGAAAGAACCCACACGGACGAAAGGCCGUACACAUGUGACAUUUGCCACAAGGCCUUCAGAAGACAAGAUCACCUGAGGGAUCACAGAUAUAUCCACUCUAAAGAAAAGCCCUUUAAGUGCCAAGAAUGUGGGAAAGGAUUUUGCCAAUCCAGGACUCUAGCUGUUCACAAGACACUUCACACACAAGUAAAGGAACUCAAACCUUCGAAAAUGAAAUGCUAAAGCUUCUCGCCCCCAUGAACUUCACGCCACACCUGGCAUUCUGAAAUUUAGACCAAAUUCUUGACAGAGACAUUGUGGAGCACUGAACACUAUUGAUUUUAAAUUUGUUAAGGAAAGAAAAACUCAACCCCCCCCUCUCUGCAUACAAACGCAGCCAGCCUUCCCAAAAACCUGGGUGCUUCCGAGUUACACAGAGGAGUGUAAAUCUUGCAUGACUCUGCUAAACUUUACGUCAAAAGGUGGUGCUCAAGUAUUGGAGAGGAAUUUCCAUUGUUACGAGGCAAACAACACCCAAAGCAGUUUCCUGAAGUUUUUGCUUUUCUUUCAUUUUUAAUUUUUUUUUAUCCUUUCUUGUAUGCUUGUGUGUGACUGUUUAAAAGGCUUAUCAUUCAUCAUACUUCCGAAGAGAAAACCCAGAAGAUGGUUAAAGAGAAACCGGCUUCAUGUUUUAGGCACUGCUGAGAUGAGAAGGAAGAUCACUGAUAAACUCUGUGCUUGAAAGGAAGCAAAUGACCCUCCUCCUGUAAUGGAUCUUGCUGUCCUCUACAGAUUUUUAACACCCAAGUCUUCCAUCAGUGGGUCUCCUUCCUGCACACUGUGGCAAACAUCCUGGGGUUUGUGUGUGUUUGUUUGUUUACGGUCUUGGGAGUGGUUUGUAACUGGUGGAAUUAUUUAAACAAAGCCAAACACAAAAACACCGAAAGUGGGCAAAAGUUGACAACAAUAAAUCAAAGUGACUGCUG